GGUGAUUGGUUUGAAGUGACGUACAGAUUUGGCGCCACAUUUCCAACAAGGAACACAGUGCCGCUGCGAAAUAGCUCCGUUUCAGACAGUAUCAAAAUAAUCCGCCGUUCAUGCGAUUUUAACGCUAUUUAUCUCACUUUUAGGUUUGUUUUAUCGGUUUUAAGAUGUUCAUCACAGACAUAAGGAAAGAAUUCUAUGAGGUCGUUGCUAACCAGGUAAGUUUUAGUGAGAAAACUGUCAAAUUGUACACCGAACAGUGUUUGCUAAUGUUACUUGUUGACGGCAGCAGCUGUCCUGGUCUUUUAUCGUUGUCAGAUGCUCAGUAUCUAAAGUUUAUUUAACAUAUAACUAAAUAUUGUGUUUGUAGAGAGUCGCACUCCUGGUGGCGUCGGACAUUGACGCUCUCUGUGCCUGUAAGAUCCUGCAGGUGAGAUCAUAAGCUAUCUGUUAGCGAGCUUUAACUACUGUUCCCAUUCAGGCGCAGGCUCGCCAUUACAUCUACAUGUACUGUUUACCAUAGGAAACAAACUGAACAAGAAAAAACGAAAAGCUUCCUAAAAGUCAAAUUUGUGGUGUGUUUUUCCUGCUCUGUUAGGCUCUCUUCCACUGUGAUCAGGUCCAGUACACUCUUGUUCCAGUCACAGGCUGGCAGGACCUCAGCACUGCUUUCCUUGAGCACAAAGAACAGGUGAGAUUCAAUAAGACCUGAGUUUACACAUGGAAAACCACCUGAUGGAGUCGAACCUUUCCAUACAUUUAGUUAAAGAAAUAUAGAGUGAUUAGAGUGAUGGUCUUUGGUCCCAGUGGCCCUUCUGAAUCCCCUCCUGUAGACGUGGGUAUUUUAGCAGACUAUUUAAAGCCAACCUCUCAAAUUUGGGUUUUGAGAUGGACAGUGAUUUUAAAUUCGACAGGCAAAUUAGCUAAUUAGUGAAAUCCAUCUUUUAUCCUAUUAGGCAGCUAGCAAAGGCAAAGCCAUUCGAAACAGUAAUCCAUGCCUUUGUUACAUCUCGGCUGGCUUACUGUAACGCACUUUACUUUGGAGUCAGCCAGUCCUCCCUCUCACGUCUCCAGUUAGUACAAAACGCAGCCACCCGGCCCUUAACUGGAGUACGUAAGAGGGAGCACGUUAGAUAGAUAGAUAGAUAGAUAGAUAGAUAGAUAGAUAGAUAGAUAGAUAGAUAGAUAGAUGCAUGAGACUCGGCUCCUGUUUUAGUGUUUUAUGGUUUGUUUUUAGUUAUAGCUUCAAGGUUUUUAAAAACCAAAUGAAAAACAUAGAAACAAAUAUCUCUUUUUUUUAUUGUGGAGUUUUUUUAAUAUUUGCUUUUAUUUUAUGCAUUGUUUUAAUUGUUUUUUAUGUUUUCAUUGUUUUGUCUAUUUAUGUACAGCACUUUGUUCAGCUGUGGUUGUUUUAAAGUGCUUUAAAAAUUAAGUUGAGUUUUAUUAAGUGGUUACAAAUAAUCUGGGUUGGCCUACUUAUGAAUCCUCAUGACUGAGAGGUUGUUAGCGAGGCAGUUUUGAAGGGACCAAAACUAUCAGUCUGCCAGAACAUCUAGAGCUAAUGUCUGGAAGAGUUAAGACUAAGCUAAACAUAGUGAUGAGUUUCAGAACAGUACAAUAGCCUCCUGGAGGAUAAAUGUGAUGUACCCAUGAUGACAGAGGGCUCACACAGACACACACACAUUAGAGAUACAAGCAGUACACAAUGACAGUCUUCAGAUACACACCAGACAGUAUAAAAGGGAGUAGAAGAAAAGCUUGAGAAGGCUUUCCUUGAGUUUGGUCAAGACUGUUUGUCAUCUGUACUGAUUUCUACAUCUGCACAAUAAGAAACGCCCAGGCUGUUCUUCAGAUCUCAUCCUGUCUCCUGUGCAUUGUUUAACUGAUAUUAUGUUGGAUUUUCCACGACACGGAUUAGAAACAAAAGAGAAUAAAUUAAUGUUUUUGUGUGUGUGUGAUUUUUAGUUCAAGUACUUUGUUCUCAUCAACUGCGGAGCCAAUGUCGACCUUCUUGAGAUGCUGCAGCCGGAUGAUGACUCCGUCUUCUUCAUCUGUGACACUCACAGACCAGUAGAUGUGGUCAAUGUCUACAAUGACACACAGGUGAUGGAUAAUGAUUGUUUUAUAUCCAAUGUGGUUAAUUAUGGAGUCAAGACAUUGAAUUAUUUGCUUUUAGUGUGCUGCAUCAUCUGUGUUUACAAGGUGUCACUUAAAGUUUGUGAGGGAUACAAAACUGUAUUACCUUAAUCAACAUGUCUACACUGUUGUCCUCUCAUUGGUAGAUAAAGCUGCUGAUCAAACAGGACGAUGACCUUGGUGUGCCUUCUUAUGAUGAUAUCUUUCGAGAUGAAGAAGAGGAAGGAGAUGACUCAGGAAAUGAGAGUGAUGAAGGCUCAGAGCCUUCGGGGAAACGGAGGAGAUUUGAUGAGGUGCGUGUUUAAAAGUAUAAGGACACAUCACUGUGAUGAAACAUAACUGUGUUGACAUGACUGCAGUCAAUUGUGCGCUCAUGAUCAUGUUGUUACAGGGCGCCAUUGAGAGGAGAAUUGACAGACAGCGAGCGAAAAGGGAGUGGGAGGCAAGAAGGUGAAGUAUUUAUGAGCAGAUGUAAGAAUAAUGUUUGAAGAUUUUCAGCUUUCCUCAUUAAAAUCAAUCUUUCAUUUAUGUCCUAGGAGGGAAAUCUUGUUUGAAUAUGAGCAGUAUGAAUACCAUGGAACCGCUGUGAGUACUGUUUAAAGUGUUUAUGUUUAACUUCUGAAAAUAAGCACAGGUGACUAGAGAUGGGUGAUGUCAUUUACGAAUUAUCGUCCGAAAAAAAUCCUCCAUGAUAAAAAUUUGCCAUCUCAUGAUAAAUACGAUAAAUGCAAGUUGAUGAUGUAAGUGCGAGCGACGGACUCACAGCCGUAGCCCACACAGAGCAGAAUAACAAACAAAACAAUAACAAAACAUGACUGAAGGCAAUGAAAAGACGUUUCUGAGCAGCUCGUUAUUUAACGAGGCUCCACAUGAGGGAUUUCCUUCAAGAUUGAGAUUUAGAUGAGUGUAAUCAGAUAUGCCUGACAUCGGACAGUAGAUCUGCUGCUGUUCACUCUGUGCAAUAAGAGUUUAAAAAACAAAUGAUGAAAAUGUUUUCAUGUUUGAUACAUAAAACUUCUACCACUCAAACUUGUGGUUAAGUAUCUUGUUUGACUAUUCCAACUGGCGUUCUCGAGACAAAACGAGUCAAAAAUAUAGAUUGGUAUUAUAAUAUCUUUUAUCGGAACUUUUAUCGUCAUCGCCAGAACGGCAGAUCUUAUUGUGAUAAAUUUUUUAGCCCUUAUCGCCCAUCCUUACAUGUAACACAAACUUAAAUAUCUUAAAUGUAAGAUGUUCCUUACAUGUAAAAACACAUUUUAAAGUUCACCAUAGCUUUGCUCUGUCAAGACUUGAUUUGCCCACAUUUUGUCAAUACAUGAAUAUUAAUACUGUCAUUUUCCUUUGUCAGGCUUCCAUGAUGUUUUUUGAGCUGGCAUGGGUGUUGACCAAAGACACCAAGGACAUGCUCUGGUAAGCUGUCUGCUUAUUAUUUCUUUUCUUGAUCGUGUAAACAUGUUUGAGGUGUACUUUAUAGGCUGUUAGAUAUAAACAAUGGAGUUUUCUUUUUUCAGGUGGGCCGUCAUUGGGUUGACAGAUCAGUGGGUUCAUGACAAAAUCACACGGUAAGUGUUUCUUAAUAUCUCAACACAAUCAUUUAUAACCCUUAAACUUCAUAUGUGAUUCAUUACUAGAUGUUUCAUUACAUACUUCACCUCUUGCCCGUUCUUUACCUUCUUAGUAUGAAGUACAUCACAGACAUUGCCACAAUGCAGCGACAUGUUUCCCGCCAUAACCACCGAAAUGAGGAUGAAGAAAACUCCCUCUCUAUCGACUGCAUGAGGAUCUCCUUUGAAUACGAGUAUCCUCAAUUUAUCCAAGUUGUUUUCAUCAUGUAUCUCGAUAUCCAAGCCUUUUCUUGUUCAUUCGAGUAUCACAGAGGCAAGACCCUGUAAUUUGAACUCUCCAGCACUUUUCUGUUUUCCUGAACCUUCUCCUUCAGCCUACGUCUGUCCCUCUACCAACACUGGUCCCUGUAUGAGAGCAUCUGCAAUUCAUGUUACACGUCAUGCAAUUUCAAGCUGUGGACAUUAAAUGGCCAAAAGAAACUCCAGGAGUUCUUGGCUGAUAUGGGGUAAGUCAAAGAAAAAACUGUGCUCUGAGUGUUAGUAACGCAGCAUCUAUCAACAAAGUACUAAUCAUAUUGAGUAAAGUUAAAUUAAGGCCCAUGGCAUAAAUUAAGAUGUUUCCACCAUCCUAUCAACAGACUUCCCCUGAAGCAAGUGAGGCAGAAAUUCAACUCCAUGGACAUGUCAAUUAAAGAGAACCUAAGAGAUGUCAUUGCAGAGUCAUCCAUGAAAUACGGGUACGAAUCUUUAUCACACCUGAAACAUACAACUUUGAUCUGCUGUAGCAUUUGAAAGCAGUUAAUGGCUUUUAUCUCCAUCCUUCAUCAGCAUGAAGGACAUCAGGAUCCAGACAUUUGGCGUUCAUUUUGGCUUCAAGAACCGCUUCUUGGCCAGCGAUAUGGUGCACGCCACCACGGCCCUGCUGGAGAGCACUGAAAAAGACGAGAGCGACGGCGACAAUUUCAUCAAGGCCUUGGACUCGCUUUCCAGGUGUGUGGCACAAUCUUUGUAAAACUCUGUUACAAUCAGAUUACAGAGUCAGGUUUAUUUUCUUUACGUUUUUGCUCUCCCUGUCCCCGCAGGAGUAACCUGGAAUGUCUACACGCAGGGAUUGACCAGGCUAAGAAGAAGCUGAUGGCGAUCCAGCAGACUGUAGCUAGCUGCAUCUGCACCAACCUCAUCCUGUCUCAGGGGCCCUUCCUCUACUGCUACCUCAUGGAGGUAUGAGUCUGUUAUGACCUCUGGAGUGUUUCUGCUUCCUCACAAUCAAGAUCCUCUCACUUUAUCUUGUGUGUUUAGGGAACACCUGAUGUGAAGCUCUUUUCCAAACCCAUGGCCUUGGCUCUGCUGAGCAAAUACCUUCUGAAGGCUUUCGUCCAUUCUGUAAGUAUCAAACUGGUUUCUUUUAGUGUCAAAAGAGAUGCUUUUGUUUUUACAAUAUAAUCAGUGAUGUGUUUGUCUGGCAGACGAGAAACAAGCGCUGCAAGCUGCUCCCCCUCAUCAUGGCUGCCCCCAAGGAUGUGGAGAAGGGAACUGUCAUAGUUGUGGGAAUCCCCCCUGAGUCUGAAACAUCUGACAAGAAGAAGUAAGCCCUCUUUUUUAUAUGUCUUUUCACAUAACAUUUAUGAUCUGUGUGUAUUUUUUUCUCAAAAGUUGAAAAUAUCUCUUUGCUCAAAUGUUGUAGUUGGAAGAUCAAUACCUUAUCAGCAGAUUUCUUUCAAAGUAAAUCUUUGUUUUUGUAUCCCUCACCUCAUGAAAAAGACUGGUUCUUCAGCACGCUUUCUUGACACCCACCCUCAGUUGGCUGUCCAAGUAAAAUUACAAUUUAGAGAUAACUAGAAAGGCACACGGAGAGCGCAGACCUCCGCCAAGCAGCUCAUGUCCCCCCUCAAACAAGAAAUGCCUUGACCAUGAUUCGAACCCACGACCUUCUGGUUGUGUGGCGACAGUGCUAACCACUACACCACUGUGCCGCCUAUUGGUUAUCUUCCAGCAUUGAAAAUUCCAACGACACCCUUAUUUUUGUGUGUUCUGGAUCACAGUAUCCAGAAUUUUGUCCGGAUCACCACCAAAAUGUUAUGGGAUCCUCCUGGGGCUGAGACGCACCUCUGGUGAAAAUCUGUGUACCCCCCAGUGUCCAAUAUAGUCGUCUCCAAUUUCGUGUUUCUUUAGUUUCUUUGGUCGAGCGUUUGAGAAAGCUGCAGAGAGCACCAGCUCCAGAACUCUUCACGACCACUUUGAUACUUCAAGUAAGUUAAUUUUAUUCAUUUAGUGGUUUUAUGUUGUGUUGUGUGUCAGCACAUGCAUUGUUUUCAGAUUUGUUCUUUUUAUGCUCAGACACAAGGUGGCAGCCUUGUCCUCAUUUCAUCCAACUGGCUGACAGACAUGUUGACUUUGUACUUUCAUUAAUAAUUAAUUCUUACCUGUUUUUGUUUUUUCCUGUGCAGUAAUUGAGCUGAAGACAGAGGACAGGAGCAAGUUUCUGGACGCACUCAUCACUCUGUUGUCAUGAUAGCAGACACGAGUGUAACUUUUAAGGUUGAGUUCUUGGUUUGGCUCAAACUUGGUGAGUGCUUCUGCUGUCUACACCUUUAUGUGCGACAUGACCCAAAUCUGUGGGACAUGAACACUUUGACGAGAACAGAGGAACAUAAUCUAUGAUUUUUUAAAACAGUUUUGUUUGUAUAUUGUUGUACAGUUUCAGUGUAAAUGUGUGGGAGUCUUAUUCGCAGUUUUAAUAUUUUUUCUCAUGAUCUUUCUUUUAUUCCUUUAAGUGCUGUACUGCAUUUUUUAAUGUUUUAACUUGUCUAAUAAAUCAAAUUAAGAGACAUAAAUAUUGUGUCUGCCUUUGGUCAAAGAAAUUUAAGAUAAAAAAAAAGUUAUCAUUUUCAGUCGUUUAUAAGACAAAAUAGCUGCAAAUUUGAUAAUCAUUCUUUUAUUGUGAAUGUUUAGAACCAGACCUUCAGCAUUUUGAGUCAUAUUAUGAGCAGGUAAUUUAACUGCUUCUUACAGCUUAUCCUUUUACUGUUUAUGUUGCUAACAUUUCUAAAUGGGAAGUCAAAUGCUGCAUGUUUGCAGUUAGAGAUUUUAGAUAGCAGUUUAAUCACAAACUAUUUUAAUUUCUUAAAAAUGUGUCUAAAUUGUUUUCCUGACCGCAACAGUGGCUCAGGGUAAAACACAACGUUGUCCAAUAAAAACAAGAAAAUACCUCAUGGUUUGAAAAGACAGCGUAACAUGAAUUGAACAGCAGAUAAGGGUAAUUUACUAAUUAAGUUGAAAUGGACAUCCUCUAAAAUAUCAAUAACAAGACCUGUGCUGAGAUAAUAUCAGAAUAAUAAUAAUAAUAAUAAUCGGGCCCUUCAAAAAAAAAGAUCCUUUGCUUUAUCUUUGCGCACCAGAAAUGAGAAAAAAACAAAUACCACAGCUUAUUUCCUCCAUAUGUAGAGAUAAGGUUGCACCGCAGAUUUUCUCCACAACACUGAUCUAGUAUCAGAGUUAUGUGUUUGACACCUGCUUUUCAGUCUCAACACCAAAUCCUAAACCCUUCAGUAGUACACACCCCAUACCAGAACUUGA